GUGAUCGCAAGUCAGUAGUCAGUCUGACGAAGACCACGUCUUAAGAUAGUAUUGAGUCGCGUGCUAAGUCGGCAACAACGUCUUGAGCUUGGAUUUAAGACAUCGGUCGCAUCUUGAGGAAAAAUGCAUGCAUUAUAGUCGUUGUGCCGGUGAACGUACGUGCACAUAUCGAGUGGAAUUAAAUUGCAACUCAUAGUGCAAUAUGUCUUGCAAUGCGUGAUUUGAACUAUGCAUUCCGGUGGUCGAUAUUUGACGAAUAGUGCAAAGUAAUGUCUCACUAAGAUUUACUUUCACUAUCAUUGCUCGUGGAAUCUACAACCCUCAUUUUGUCUGUUGGUCGUAACGCGCAGAUUGUCCACUCAGUUGGCUAGACGAUAACACGGAAAUAUCAACGGAUUGGGAUUGAUUUGGCCAAACCUGCGGCGUGAUUCACGCGUCGAGUGUGAUAGUUUUUGCAAUUAACGACUUGCUAAAAGUGAGAGUGGUUGGUUUCAGUGUGUCACUUUGGUAUUUCGCCACCCGCUCUCGACGACCUCGACGGGUUUUCAUGGAAUCUGCGUAUUUGGAGUAGUCAGGAAUUGCGAGAUAUCACCUGCCAAGUUAGAUAUUAGCCGUUUUAAUCGUUUGAAUAUUCAGAAUUGAGCGCUUGAUAGCGACCGGGAUCGUUCCAAGUGCAUAGACACUACCAGUGAAUUUCAUCGAGGCAAGAUUAGUUGGACCUUUCGGUGUUCCAUCCAGCUCUUUCGUUGCUAUUAUAAAAACGAUUCCCUGAGUUCAAUGCAGUCCCAUUCAUCGUAUGAUCUUUAGCGGGUAAUUUCGUGGCUGUGCGCGCGUUACUUCAUCAAUUAUCUUAUGGUAUGCCGCAAGGUUGUGUAAUGGUACUUCUAUUGUUUACGACAAGUGUGACGAAGACGCGGUAUUAUUGUGCGUGCUCAGGGAGCUGUUUCGCCCAUUGUAACCAGCGUUCCGCAAUUGUUUACAAAAACAGUUUUCGCGCAUAGACAUUGUCGGUUUGUUGUCUUCAAGCAGGGAACUGCAGCUCAUUAAAGAUAAUUCAUACGUUAAUGUUUCUCAUAUGUUUCUGGAGACAUAACCUGGCUUUGAUAAGGUUCAGGUGGUUGGGUAUCAUAGUGGAAAAUUGAGUCGAAAGCGGAUAAUAAGGUGCGAUUUUACCUAGAGUUGAAUAAAAGUGAAGUUUUAAACUGAGAGUACUUGACAAAGACGUAGCAAAUGGAUCCUUAAUGCUGGUAAAAAGUAUCCACGACAGUCAAUAUUUCCUUCUGCAGCUGUGGUAAUAAAACGCGUUCUUUUACGUAUUUUCAUAUGGAUCGCAUAUCUAUGUUAUUUCAUAAUAACAUCUAGAGAAGCUCGAAAGUAGCCGACUACUAAGAAAGCUUGCCAAUGAACUCAAUUGUUAAACAGGAGCCUCCUAGUAAAGAUUGAGCAAACACGGAUUUCACUUUAUGCAUUCAAAACUGGAUUAAUGCCCGACACGCAUGCCGGUCAUAGGACACAAUAUCUUCUCCAAAAUGCGGAGUAGAUGGCUAGUCAAAACCCUAGUCUUACUUUUAUACCAAAUACACCUAACCCUAGCAGCUUAUAGUAGUCAUAGUAAUCAACAAUUUAAAAUUAGUCCUAAACCAUGUGAAGUGAAUGGCCUAGAUGGCACUUGUAUGUUUGUAUGGGAGUGUAUAAAGUCAGAAGGACAACAUGUUGGCAUGUGCGUUGAUUCAUUCAUGUUCGGUUCAUGUUGCGCCCAUAAUUUAACUGAAAAUGUUAUCAUACCACAAACAUUUACGUAUCAAUAUACAAGACCUACGAAACCAAUUGGUCAUAGACCCAGACCACCUGUAACGCCUCAUCGGCCAAUUAUAAGUGGAUUAACAACGAUAGAGAGGCCCCAUGGCGCUGGUACACUGGUCAUUCGUCCACAUAAGCCAACUCAUCAGAAACCCCUCCCGCCCAGCACAACUACAAAAAUACCUAGUCAAUCCAGUACGUUAACAGAUUUGGAUACUGCAGCCAGUAUUGCUGGAACAAUUUGGAAUACAUCACCCCAAACGACUCAAUGGCAUAUGACCACAGAGCCAAACUUCAUAACCCGACCGCGGCCCCCAAUUUGGGACAAGCCAACUGCACCAAGACCAAAACCACCGAAGCCAACGAAAAGGCCUAUUGUCACAGAACGUCCUACCAUCUCCACAACGUAUCAAACCACAACUACGACACGGAAACCGACAACGAGCAAACCUCGACCUCAAACGAAACCUACGAAACUUCCAUCAUCCACCCAGCGACCUGCGAGUCCUGCACUGCCACCUACCUCAUCAAGCACUUUAACCCAAUCCCGACCUACCACCAUUAUGACUUCAACCACUUCAACAAGGCAGCCGACAACUUCGUCCCGGCAACCUUCCUCAUCAUCAACUGAACCCAUAACUCCUUCAUUGACAGUGGACAGUAACGAAAUUGUGGCCCCAACCAAAGGACCGUCAAUUACAACAAUAUCAGCAGCCAGAAGUGCAUGUGGAACACCACCCAUAUUUUCGCGGCCGGAAACUAGGAUAGUGGGUGGAAAGACAGCCCCCUUCGGUAGAUGGCCUUGGCAGGUGUCUGUGCGGAGGACAUCAUUUUUCGGGUUCUCAAGCACACAUCGUUGUGGCGGAGCACUCAUUAAUGAAGAAUGGAUCGUGACUGCCGGACAUUGUGUUGACGACUUGUUGAUAUCUCAAAUCCGAAUUCGUGUUGGCGAGUAUGAUUUCUCGCAUGUGCAGGAACAGCUUCCCUAUAUCGAACGAGCAGUUGCAGCGAAAGUGGUGCAUCCUCAAUAUAACUAUAAUUCGUACGAGUAUGAUUUAGCCGUCGUCAAACUGGAGAAACCUCUUGAAUUCGCGGAUCAUGUCAGCCCCAUUUGUUUGCCUGCCACAGAUGACUUACUGAUAGGACAGAAUGCAACGGUCACUGGAUGGGGCAGACUCAGUGAGGGUGGCACCCUACCAUCGGUUUUGCAAGAGGUUUCAGUUCCAAUUGUUAGCAACGAUGUCUGCAAAAUGAUGUUCAAGCGGGCCGGCCGCCAUGAGUUCAUACCAGAUAUAUUCUUGUGUGCUGGAUACGAAACGGGCGGCCAAGAUUCCUGCCAAGGGGAUUCUGGAGGGCCACUACAGGUUAAAGCAGAGGACGGAAAAUAUUUCCUUGCCGGUAUAAUAUCCUGGGGAAUUGGAUGCGGUGAAGCCAACCUCCCAGGGGUCUGCACUAGAAUAUCAAAAUUCGUCCCAUGGAUUUUAGAACGAGUAACGUGAUGGAAAUCAAGUUAAUAGAUUAGGAAUUAUCAUCAAAUUGAUUUGCAUAGCAUAAUUAGCGUAUUAUUCAAAUUUAUUUAAUUUUUAUUUAAUAUAACGUGAAUUUUUUAAAUUGAGUUUGUAAAUAACCUUAACCCAAAUGUUUGCGGACAUUUCCAUUUAGUUAGAACAUAGAAUUCUGUAAUAUAUAAUUGACUAAUUCUUUAAAAAUCUUUUGCCGUUAAACGGAUUGGUUAAAUUGAGUGAACUAUUAGCUAUAUCACCAUCACCCCUUGAAGUUAACUAAAGUUUUCAAUUUUGUGUUUAACGAAACGUUGACCAUUUGCAUUAUCUUCUUCAAGUAUUAAUUUAUAUAAAUCAAUUUAAUAUCUUUUAUAUGUAUCUAAUAAUAUUAAGACUUGUUAGAAGUUGGUUUAAUUUCAUAAAAAAGAACUGUAAAUACUCUACGUGUAAAUAGUAAAUAUAAUAAAUAUGCGGAAUGUCUGACAUAGUUUUAAGUAGAAAAUUAUAAAAAUAUAUGCUUACUAGCUCCAUGAAAUUUCGUAUCAAACAGAAAAAUUGGUAUUUUUCGAAAAUCAUGUUAUGUUUUACAUUUCUAAGGAUACUUUUUUACGUGAAUGUAUAGAACAGUUAUGAGUUAAAUGUGAAAAUUAUUUAUAAUGAGCAUUAAUCUUGCCCAAAGAAGCAGA